AUGUCUGUUUCAAACAAAGAUCUAUUUACAACAACGAACAGCGAUCUGGACGAAAUGACAGACGAACUAACCGCAGCCGAAUUACAACCCGGCCAAAUAUUCGACCACAUCGAACUGGAAAAUAGCAACUGUAGUACAGUAUUAAAUAAUGAAGACUCUAGUAGAUUGUCCGAAGGCAAUGUCUUGGCCGCGAAGAAGCUCAAGGGAAAUUUAAAAUGGCAAGGCGACUACAAUGAACUCUGUCAAUUUGUUGAUGAUCUACAACUACAGCCGGGCAGUUGGUCAACACCAGGAGGUAACUGUAAACUUUUUGAAAACGGCGAAGUAGCGAUACGAUGGUACUCGAAUACGAGAACAAUAACUCUAAAAGGGGAGAGAGCAGCCGAAGUUAAAGAUAAAAUAAUAAAACUCAACCAGGAGUUGGGCAGCGAAGUGAUGCAACAAAGCUCAAAUUAUGCAAAAAAUUUGCAUGCCGACUUGGAAACAACAAUCAGUCAUUUGCAUACCGGGUCACAACACGAUAAUCUGAAAACUAAUGUAACGUCCAAAACUGACUCAGAAAUGAACCAGCUAAGAUCGAAGUUGGAUAACUUUACUGAGAUCGUUAAUAGAAAACUGGAGGUUCUUGCCGACGAAGUAUAUGCUAUUAAAGAAAACAAACCGUAUUCUAUACUAGUGUUAGAAGAUGUCAAUAACGAACUAAAGAAGGAAAAAAUAGAGCUUAUUAGAAAGAAUGAAGAAUUGGAAAAAAAAUAUUUGAACUUAUACCAAUCUACGUCGGUAUUGAGAGCCAAGGUUACCGAUCUAGAAAACGAAAAGUCUAGUCUUACGACAGCUCUACGACUAGUUCACCAAGAUAAUGACUUAUUAAGUAAGAGGUUAAACGACCCAAAAACCCAUUGCGGUAAUACGUUAGCUGCUGUGACAUACCCACAAGAUGACUUACCUGAUAAAGCUGAAACAAGAGAUGGGCCCUCUACUAGUGUCGAAAAAGGAAAUCAUGAAGCAUCUAUGACUACAGAAUUAAUGGUGACAACAAGAAACCAAUACGAAGCUCUUACAAACCGCGUCUCCGAUACAGAUGACAACGCCAACUCAUCUGUACAACUAAUCCACGAAAAAACGAUUACGCAACAAGAAUCUAAUCAUCCCAACAUACACAAUAAAGAGGAAGUGAGAAACGUAAAGAAACGAGGAGAAAAGAAAGGAAAUCCUUCUCAGCAGCAUAGAUCUCCUAGUUCAUCUAACUCGACUAGCCUUAAAAACGCAGUUGAAAACAACAAUCCGGUCACGAUAAUUAUUGGAGAUUCUAUGAUUAAAGGACUUCGUCCCGACAAGAUCUCCAAAUCGGUUAAGCACAAAGCUCAGGUUAAAUCCUUUCCUGGUACAACAGUUGAAGAUCUAACUGAUUACAUAAAACCUUCCCUAAAGAGGAAACCUAAAAACAUUAUAGUGCACGUAGGUACUAACGAUUUGAAAAUGAAAAGUGCUAAAGAUGUUGCAAAGAGCAUUGAUAAGCUAU